UGCGGGACCCCCACUUCCGCUUUCUUAACCUUUCGCUCUUUUUCGGCUGUUAGCUCCGCCUCUCAAGUAUUGGUGGGUGGAGAAAUUAAAAGCUCGUGACUUCUCCGUUAAUUUUCUGCUGCUUUCAAACCUGGUUGAGAGAGGAAAGUCGAAGUGGAAGGUGUAGGAGAGUAGCUUUCCCUUGUCAUCCGCCUUUAUCAUUUAAGUACAUGAUCAUUCCCUGCCUGCUGCAGCAAUAUUAACCCACCUGAGAUGGGAAGCUAAUUUUGAUCCUAAGUUGAAUUCUAAUGGAAUCUUUUAAAAGUGUUUUUCUUUGUGGUCCAGGAAUAGUGCGAUUCAAACUUGUGUUUGAAAAUAUCUUUAAUGUCUUGCUGUUUGUUGACUGCAGUUCAUUUUUGGCUUGAUAAAGAUGUCUCUGUCCCAAUGAGAUGUUUGCUGCCCACCUGUUAAUCUUUUUGGACUGAUAGUAGCGUGACCCGAGACUUAGCCGAAUGUUGACUUUGGAUCCGGAAAUAACCAGAUAAUCCCUAUUGAAACUCCGGGAACCGUUUGUGAUUGAUGGAAAUGAUAUUGUUGAAAGAGAAAAUAAUGAUAAUGUGAACAGUGGUUUUUCAAAAUAAUCAAAACAGUUUCUAUGUCAUAUUUCAGUUAGUGACUGUUUCCAAACUGUUGACCUUGCAAGUGUGGCUCUAAGCAGCCCCCAGUGGGUUGGGUGUUUGAACAUUUUCACAUUGGUAAAAUAAAAACUAAUAUUACUAAUUAAUAUAUUGAGUCCUGAGACAGGCAUUGUUCUAAAAACUUUACCUGUAUUGUCCACUUAACCUGCACAGUACACCUGAGAUGAGAAUCUUGUCAUAAGCAAAUUCCAUAGUUUUGGAAGGUAAUUUUGCUGCUUCACAUGAAUAAUUAUGAAAACACUUCGAAUGAAACUUUGGAAUUAACAGAAUUAAUUUCAUUGUAAUCCGAUUUAAUUAUUUGUCUCAAUCUUAAGCAACAUCUUUGUACUUUAUAUCUUUUUCUAUUAUGAGACCUCGGGAUAAUUUUGUUUUUAGAGGUUAGCAUCUCUACCUUUUCUCUGGGAUUUUACUUAAAUAUGAAGGAGAGUUACAAGUGACACUAGCAUGGACUGUCUGCUAAAGACAAUUUUUGGAGAGAUCCUUGUAUGGACGGUUCACUGUUAUUUUCUAAGUUGAUCGUAAUGGCAGGUGAAGGAAUUAAUGAAGACUAUCCAGUAGAAAUUCAUGAAUAUUUAUCAGCAUUUGAGAAUUCCAUUGGUGCUGUGGAUGAAAUGCUGAAGACCAUGAUGUCUGUUUCUAGAAAUGAGUUGUUGCAGAAGUUGGACCCACUUGAACAGGCAAAAGUGGAUUUAGUUUCUGCUUACACACUAAAUUCAAUGUUUUGGGUUUAUUUGGCAACCCAGGGAGUCAAUCCCAAGGAACAUCCAGUAAAGCAGGAAUUGGAGAGAAUCAGAGUAUACAUGAACAGAGUCAAGGAAAUAACAGACAAGAAAAAGGCUGGCAAGCUGGACAGGGGUGCGGCUUCAAGAUUUGUAAAAAAUGCCCUUUGGGAACCAAAACCUAAAAAUGCAUCCAAAGUUGCCAAUAAAGGAAAAAGUAAAAAUUAACCUUUCAGUUUUGAUGUACACAUAUUUUAAAAGUACAUAAUUUUUAUUGUUUUCCAUAAAAAUGGAUGAUGAUUAUGUGGCACUGUAAGGUUUAAAUGUAUUCCUUAUUGAAUUCAUGUAUAAAACUUGCAUUUGAAAUUCAUAAUGGUAAAAACUUUUCCCUCCAGAAAGAUUGUUAUCUUUAUUGGUUUUCCUAUAGAACACUAUGAGGUUUUUAACAUUGCUGUGUAUAUAUAUAUAUAUAUUUAAAUGUUUUAUUUUGUAUGGGAGUAUAGCUGAUUAAUAAUGUGAUAGUUUCAGGUGGACAGGGAAGGGACUCAGCCCUACAUAUACAUGAAUCAAUUCUCCCCCAAACUCCUCUCCCAUAUAGUAGGUCCUUGUUGGUUAUGCGUUUUACCUUUAUGCAUACAUUUACAGCAGUGUGUACAUGUAAUCCCAAGCAACAUUGUAGUAUAUUUUAUAUUUAUAUUUUACUGCCUCUUGACCAGACUCUUAUUUGCUUAGGUCAGUCUUUCAAAGCCAUUUUAUAAGCAACUAUUAAGUUUAAGUUAAAUGUUCCUCAUAAACAUUUGUCUGUUUCAAUGAAUAAUGAUUUUAUGACGUAUGCUGAAGUUAUAAAUACAUCUGUUCUCACUAUAUGAUAUUAAGAAAGAGUGAAAUGACUUAAAUGUCCAUUUUUUCUCUGUAGUUAUUUCAUUAUGCUUUCAUGAUUUUGGGAAUUACUGCUUUUUGUGGUAUUUGAAGUAUGAAAUUAAGACUUUAAGGUUAUUCUUUAAUUCUUGGCACUUUGCCACUAUGUCCCAUUUAAAGUAAAAUACAUUCUCAUUAACUUUAGAUGGGAAAUGAGGUUGUAUAUUGAUGGCUGAAUUUUGACAUAAUAGCUAUACCCUAUCAAAGCUAUUAAUGUAUGGCUGACCUGUUUUUAAUUUUUCUCUUUUGAGUAAAUGUUUCCUUGAAAUUAGGAAGGUCGGUUUUAGAAGUCCUUAGAAGUGGAGGAAUCCAUGAGUUUUUGUUCUUUGUCCAUAGUGCCGGUAGUUAACUUGGCCUCAAUUUUUUCAGAUUUUUUUAAAAUAUUUAUGAGGGUAUAACAAGUAUGUACAAGUAUUUUGGAACAACUUUGUAUGUUAUAUAAUGCCACUUAAUCAGAGGAGAAAUCUGAAGGAGAGUACGUUGUAUUUAUAUUCUGAUUUGUUUUUCUGUAAUAUUUGUUAGUGAGAAUUCUAAAUAUUAAAACUUUUUAAAUGUCUAAGCCCAAGAAUUUUAAUUAUAUACCUUUAAUGCUUUCAGUCUUUGAAUUCACAUCAUUAUGUAUAGGAAUGCCAAAUACAGUAAAGUACUUGUACUUUAAUUUUUGAAAAAGAAGUUGUUAAAAUUUUCUGUGUGAUUAAUUCCCCAUAAGUAACCUUGAAUAAAUGGAUUUCUUGAUUUAUGAUA